GGCGCCGUGCUGUUGCUGUUGGGCAACGCGUACGCCGCUGUUGGGGCGCUGAACAUAGUCGUCACCGGCAACAGAUUUAGUGACGCGCUGCUCAGUCCGGAGGGUGUGUUUCCGCCGCACACGAACAUCACGAUCAGCGGGAACCGCUUCACGGUCACGAGGCCGAUCCCUCGGCCGGGUUUGGAACUUGACUGCCCGUCGUGUGUUGCGAUGAAUGGACUGGUGAUCAGCAACGACUCCGCGGUGGUGCUGAGUGGCAAUGUGUUUCAGAGCGUGACGACAUCGUCAAGCGCCAUUUACGUUGUUGGAUCUGCGCUGAGGGUGUCGUGGCACUCCGUGUUUGCGGUGGUGGGCAACACGUUUCACAUGGCUGGCGGUGACGGUACGCUGAUACAUCUUGAAGGACCUAGAUACUCCUCAUCGCUGUGUGUACUGAACAACUCUGCCGUGGUGAUUCGAGGCAACGCUGUGACGAGGCCGGUGAAGUGCUUCGUGUUACUUAUUUGGACCUUAGACGUGGAGUCCCAUUCAGCGGUUGUGUUUCAGGGCAACGAGAUGCAGGGAAGCUCGGUUGUGUUCUAUUCAAGCGACUCCUCCAACAUCUACUACAACUCCUGGCUGCAGUUGAGCGGCAACCUCUGCCGUGAAUCCCCAUCGGAAGCGUUUGCCUUUCUUUAUCCCAAAGUGAAUCUCCGCGACUCUACGGUGUCUGUGUCCGGCAACCAAUUCGUGUCCAGCACGGUCUCGCCGACAGUGCUGCUGAUACCUCAAAGUUCCCGCGAUCUCACGAACGGAGCGAUUGUGGCUGCGUGCAACACCGUGAACGACAAGGAGGGAGUGAAAUACAUCAUUUCCUCCGUGUACAAUGCCACCAUUCUGACCUGCAGCGACCCAUGCACCCUCGCGGCGUCGUGCUUCCCUGCGUACACGACGACGGCCUCGAGUGAAGGCUGCGCCUGCGCCUGCGCUGAGGGCGGCCACGGCGAUGCGUGCCUGCCCGUUGCUGUCCCCGAGCCGCCGGGCACCGACGGCGCCGACUUGUGCGUGCGGGACGUGCGUGUGGGUGUGGAGGUGAACGUCAGUUUCGGGACGUCGGUGGCGUGCUACGUUGGUGUGACCUUUGCGGCGGACGUCGUGGUGGACGUGGAGUCGAUGUCGGGGAGCGUGCGCAACGUGACGCUGGUGAACUGCCUGUUUGUGGACGGAGCGAGCCUGUACGUUGUUGGGUGGCGGUCCGACCCGACUGCUGGCGAGCACGUUGAUGUGUUGAUCAGCGGGCUUGAGUCGCGUUCCGGCGGCGGCGUGGUGGUGGCGAACCGAUUUCCGCCGGGCUCGCGCGUCACUGUGGUGGACUCGGUGCUGAUUGCAGAGGCGCGUGUUGCGUACCGCGGCGCCUACGGCCUUGGCGACGCGUCCGCAUGCCUCGUGGUGCACAACGUGAAUCUGACUGGGAGCGUGCUGACCAUUGCGCGCGCGCAUGUGGCGGCUGUGUUCCGUGACGCUGUUGGCGUGUUGUUUGGCGGCGUGGCGCUGUCGUCGCGCGGAGCGCUGUACGUGGACGGGCUGUUGGUGCAGACGGCGCUGGGGCUGUGCGUGUCGGUGGAGGGCGGUGUCGCGGCCAGCGGCGGCUCCGUGGUGGCGUUUCUUGACAGCGACUUCCUGCUGUGCAAGCACGCGGUGUCUGUGCGUGGGGCUGUGAGCGUGUCGGGCUCCGCUGUGGCGCUUGUGCGGAGCGAAUUUUCGUCGACGGGGGACUACGCGGUGGCGUUCUAUUCGACGGUGAGUCUGGAUGGCGGGUCGAUGCUGCUGGCGAAGGACAACGUGCACGACGGCGUCUCGAGGGAGAUGCUCUACGCCGCUGGCGCUGUGACCGCUGCUGGGAGCACGCUGAGCUUUGUGCGCAACCGAGCGCUGCUGCCGCGGAUGCUGUCGCUGAGCCUGUUGCUUGCGGCUGGGGCGCAUUUGAGGGUGGCGUGCAACGACGCUGGUGGACGUGUCCUGUCGACGGCGGAGGAGUACGCUGCGGCUGGUUUUGGCGACGCUGGGAGCAUCGACGUUGCUGGGUGCGACGACUGCGACAGGAACACGCACUGCUACGCGCCCGGGACGGCGUCGGUGAGCAUGAGGAACGGUGUGUGCGUGUGCGCGUGCGGCAGCGGUGGGUACGGCGAGGCGUGCGUGCCGGUGGGAGCUCCCGCACUGCCGUCUGCUGUGGGCAAAUGCGUCGAGUGUGUUCUUCCGCGAGGGCGUGA